UUCUGUUGAGGUGAACUGAGGGGUAGAUUCUAGACGUUCAAUCUGGUAGCAACUUUAAAAUUAAAACAACGGAGUUGGUAGUAUCCAGUAAACUUCAUAUUUGGACUAUUGAAGGCACCUUAAAUGCGGAAGCUUAGAGUUUUGGAACUCAGACAAUGCUGCAUCGCCAUAGCAAGCUAAAGUUAUCAACCUUUUUUCAAUGGUACCCAAAGUUAACGUUAAAGAGUUGAGUUGGCUUUAGGACAUUUGGGUCAUGCAAAAGUUGUUAGCUGCUAAUUUGCAACAGAUCGUCCGUCAGGUAUAACUUUACCUUUGCAAACGAGGAUGAAUCCCGCGUCGGAACCGGAUUCUUCAAUGCAGACCUCUGAUGAUGCAUACGACAAAUUCAUUUUACGACACCUUCAGCACUACGGUCUGUUUACCGGUAGGGUUACCUGUCCUCCUCAGACCAGUGCUCCAUCCUAUGACAGAUGGGCAGUUAGUCAAGACUGUCAGUCUGACACCCAUUCAACUGACAGCCCGGACUCCAAUUCAGGGGAUGAACUAGAUACAGAAAAAACAUUCCCCUUGCGUCUGCCCAAGACUCUCAGGACUAGGCAGCUGCUGAUUGAUUUUGAUGGGGGUCGCCCCAUUCCUCGUCUCCGGGAGCCUCGUGAUCUCUUCGCCAUUCCAUCCUGCUCCAGUCCAUUUCAGGGUGUGCGCUGGCCUGUUGAGUGUGAAGUCACUGUUGGACACAUCUACCACACAGAAUGGGACCCACCAAAGGCAGAGCCUUUCUACCAGUGUACUGGUCACGAAAGGACACCAAUGACCGUAGGAGAGGAGAAAGGAAAUUUAGUUUAUUUAAUCAAUCCAGCUACAAAGACGGCUCACUUCACAUGCUCCCGUGUGGGAGGCAGCCAGGGCCCUAUAAAGGACGUCCACUGUUCCAGCAGCCAGGAGCCUCCCCUGGCCUUUGAGUCCCGCUUUGAGAGUGGCAACCUUCAGAAAGCAGUGCAGGUAGAUGUCCAUGACUACGAGCUCACACUUCGGCACGAUCUCUACACUACUAAGCACACACAGUGGUUCUACUUUCGGGUGCAGAACAUGAAAGCUGCCAUUACUUACCGCUUCACCAUCAUCAACCUGCUCAAGUCUAGUAGCCUGUACUGCUCAGGCAUGCGUCCACUCCUGUACUCAGAGCAGUCUGCGAGGGAGCAUGGCCAAGGAUGGACCCGAACAGGGGCCAGCAUCAAGUACUACCGCAACAAUCGGGAGCAGGAUGGCCGACCUCUGUACUCCCUGACCUGGACCUUGGAGUUCCCAUAUGAGGGGGACACGUGCUAUUUGGCACACUGCUACCCUUAUACCUACUCAGACCUCCAGCGCUAUUUGUGUAGCGUGAUGCGGCAGCCAAGCAAAACGGCCUGCUGCAAGCUGCGGGUGUUGUGCCGUAGCCUGGCAGGAAACCCGGUCUAUGUGCUGACCAUCACGGCCCCAGGCGGCAGCUUGGGUGAGAGACACGUUAAGCAGGCUGUUGUGGUGACAGCGAGGGUUCACCCAGGAGAGACCAACAGCUCGUGGAUAAUGCAGGGCUUCCUCGACUUCCUUCUUGGUGACUCUCCUGAUGCCUGUUUGCUUCGAGAGAUGUUUGUCUUCAAGGUAGUGCCCAUGCUCAACCCUGAUGGAGUGGUGGUGGGGAACUACCGCUGCUCACUGGCUGGCCGUGACCUCAACCGCAACUAUCGCACACUGCUGCAGGAGUCCUUCCCCUGUGUUUGGCAUACUCGCAAUAUGGUGAAAAGGCUGCUGUCAGAAAGAGAAGUUGUACUGUACUGUGACCUUCAUGGACACAGCAGGAAAAACAAUGUCUUCAUGUAUGGCUGUGACAGUAGGAGCAGUAGCUCAGUAAACCUCCAGGAAAGGGUCUUCCCUCUGAUGAUGAGCAAGAAUGCUCAUGACAAGUUCUCUUUCAGGAGUUGUAAGUUUAAAGUUCAGAAAAGCAAAGAAGGCACUGGCCGCAUUGUCAUGUGGAAGCUUGGAAUUAGAAACAGCUAUACCAUGGAGUCAACCUUUGGUGGCUCCACACUUGGUAAUAGGACAGGUACACAUUUCACCACUCAAGACCUGAAGUCAAUAGGGUAUUACCUUUGCGACACACUGUUGGACUACUGUGACCCAGAUACAACCAAGACAAACCAGUGUCUAGCUGAGCUGAGUGCCUUGCUGAGGCUGGAGAUCAGAAGGAGGCUUGGUCAGGAUUUGGACUCCAGCUUAUCCCUUGGUGGUGUCUCAGUCUCUGACAUUGAAUCUAGCACCAGCGGCUCUAACAGUUCAGAGUCAGAUGGCCCCCCAGUUCACCUAAUGAAUACCCCAGACCAGCCACAGAAAAGGCACCUCCGAAGUCGUAAGGAAAGAGAUCGGCUGCAUCACAGUCUAGGACGCAAGACGAUAUCUAAGGCUGUCCAAAAAAACACAGAAUCUCCACCCUGCAGUGUGCCUGUGAAAAAGGCUCAGGAUACUUUGGCCAUGGUGAAAGAGACAGAAACCAGACAGAUGGAGGCUGAGACAACACACGACUUGUGCAGAGGUGGAGCAACUGGGGAUGAGGCUGCGCCCUCUGUCCCACGUCGCCCAGUCAGCGUUGGUGCUGUAAAGCAGUCUGGAGUUAAGGACAGGCAGUUACAGUCAAUGCAUCUGUCUGCCAUGACGCUCUGCCCCCGAGUUAAAGCCCACCAAGGAAAGCCUCGACAUUAUACUCUCCCAGCACAUAGGGUGGUCCCAGAGAGCAUGCCCAGCAGCUGGCUGGGGACCUGCAGGUCGGUUUGUUUCUACUUGGCCAGAUCUCAGCGCCAGAUACCUCCCUGCAAUAAACACAGGACUGUAGCCAAAGUCUCCAUCAGAUACUACUUACCUGAGUCAGGACCAGCCAUCAACUCCAUCCGUCAGAGGGGAAAACACGGGACAGGUCAAGAAAAUGAUACUAUGGGUCUCUCCCAGUCUACGACUGUGAAGAAUGGUGACAAAGACUUAAAUAUGACAAAGACCCAUGAAGCUGCCAGCAGUAAACCUAAAAUAUGCAGCAGCACUUUCCUUCCUGAUUUGCACUGCAUGGACAUUUAUGGUAAAAGCCAUGGUCAACCGCCAGGUGACCAGGCAGGAUUGGGUAUGAUCAAGCUGGACACAGGAAAAUUAACAGAACUGAGGGGAAGCAUCGGUCAGAACAUUCCAAGGAUGGUCCCAGCACCAUCUGAGAAAAGGUUUACCUUAAGACCUCUGGCAGAUGACCAUAAGACAUGUCUGUUAUCGCAGGUGACUCUACAGGUCUCUUCCCCUGACACAUCUGCAGAGUGUGACAUACCCUAUAAACCGGACAAAAACGGAGAACAGCCACUUCCUAAGGAACUUUUUGCAGCACAGAUAGACAAAGUUGUUAAGUACUGAGUUGAUGAUCAAGUUUGCCAGCAUGGUCUAUCUUCAGUGUACAUCUCAGUCCUACUGGUACUUUAGGUAAGGGUGGCACAGAUGCAUGUGUGUUGGUAUUGCCUUUACCCAGACACAAAUUGGAGCAGGUAGAUUUUAUUUUAUUUUAUAAUUUGGGUAAAUGCACAUUUGUAUAUACAUACUAAUGCACAAUUAGUAUUAGUAAUACACAGGACUUGUUUGUUGAGGUAUGCAGUAGACUAUACU